AUGCUUGGAUAUUUUAACCGAACCGACUCAAUUCGCGAAAAUUCAUGGAGAUUUUACAAAUUUGCAUUGGCUAUUGAUGCCGUUUUGGUAGUAUUGAGUAUUCCUUACGUCAUUUUUUGGACAUGGAUAAUGGUUUCGGUGAAGAAGACUCAUCGAAAUGUUCGUCUUAUCAACUUUGUUUUUUAUUCCCAAUAUGGAAUCCAGUUGGGAUUUAUGGCUACACAGAUCAUUUUGACAAUAUGUGGUCUUGCGGAAGAAUAUACCACGGUUUAUGUGGUUUGCAGUACAGUUCGUGCAAUUGGGCUCAGCUAUGCAUUUUUCAUAAUUCCAGCGCUCAUUUUAGAGCGUUGUUACGCAACAUUUUUUGUUUCAAGAUAUGAAAAACGUGAAUGUGCAAGUGUCGGAAAUGCUAUUACCACAUUUCAAAUUCUAGUGGCAUUCUCUAUUGGAUUAGUGUUUAAUAGAAUCUCAAGUACAAUUCCGAUUCUAUUGUCUUCAAUAAUCGUCAAUAUCAUUGCGGUUAUUUACCAUACGAAUCUAUCUGCCACCAUUUAUUCACUUUCUGAAAGGUACCAAAUCGCUGAGAACAUUUUAUCCUCAAAGAUGUUUGCAACAAUCAUAUUCACUAUUGGAAUAUUUAAUGUUAUAAUGAAUAUUUGCUAUAUAAUUGACAACUACGAAAUUCCCAUGAAAUACAAAAAUUUAGCAGUUGUUGUUGCGGAUUAUUGCUGUUUGAUUUAUGGUUAUGCGAUUCCAAUUUUGACAUAUUUUAAAAAAGAUUCUUGGAGGAAAAAAGUCCAAUCAUUGUUUAGAAAAAAGUCGCAAGUCCGAGAAGCACAUUUGAAGAAUAUAUUUGGAGUAGAUAUGAUGAUGAAUGAUAAUAAGGAUAAAGAGACUUUGACUUAUUUUAAUAUGCUGAAAAAUCAAUGGAAUAAAUCGUAA